AUGAUGUGGUCCACCUUUCUGGUGACGGACGAGGAGGGCCGCACGGUGGCCCCGGCCGCCGCCCCCACGGUGGGAGCGGCAGGGGGUGGCGGUGGGCCCCAGGCCAUGGGAGGCCUGGCAGGACUGAUGAGCGGCCGCAGCACCUUUGGCGGGAACAAGCGACGUAGGACCACCGCGCACGCCAUGACCGAAGCGCAGGAAGGAAAGAUCAAACUGGCGUUCUUCGUGGCCAUCGUGGGCGUCAUCCUGACCGUGCUCGGCGUUGGAACCGAGUUUUGGGUGGAACUGGCGCCGCCCAAAAGUUUCUACGGAAACCAGACAUGCCCGGCGAUGUACUACGGCCUGUGGAAGGGGUGUACCAAGACGCUGUGGGUGGCCGACAUCGACCCAGACCGGGAGAGCUGCGGGCCCGCCGAGCUCCACGGAGAGUCCAACUGCACGUUCUUCAAGUAUUUCACAACGGGCGAGAGCGCCGUUAUGUUCCAAAAGACCACACAUAAAAACCUGAGCAUGGCCUCGGCCUUGCUGUCGUUAAUGAGCCUGGCGCUGAUGGUGAUGGGCGCCAUUUGCAUCAGCAUGGCGCUCAGCAAGGAAAUGGUAUUUUUCCUCAAGCCCGCCUCUGUCUGCUUCAUCCUCUCAGGCGUUCUGGUCCUUUUGUGCCUGCUGCUCUUCCAGCAAUCGGUCCACUGGUUGCUAGCCAGCGACCACUCGGUGCCUCUGCACCACAACUUCUCCUGGUCGCUGUCGUGCGUGGGCUGCGCCGGCGCUAUCUUGAUCGUGGGCGGCAUCCUCUUCCUGCUCCUGGCGCUGCCCCAGAGCACCUGGCAGAGGUGCCGCCACGGCGCCAGCUAG